AUGAUUGUCACUCAUCCCACCCUUGUUGAUGCGUCGCCCCCAAAGGUGGCCCCCCUGCAGUGGCCCGUCCACGUGUACCGCCGCGUCCUGGACCGCGCCCUCAGCCAGGACCUCGUCAGCGACAGGGAGCUGCGACAGGCCAAGGAGGCAGCGGCCGCAGAGACGGCACGCCUGGGGCGGCCCGCCAGCUUCUCCACGCGUCGCCUCAUGCGCACUCUCACGGACGGCAACAGCGAGCGCGCGGAGCUCACCCCACUGGCCGAGGCUGCGGACGAGGCAGUAGCCGCGGAUGCUGCCGUCUCGUCACAGGCAGGCGCAGGGCAACAGGCUGGCGAGGGUACCACGGGCGGCCCCACACUGCCUGCCACAGCCCCUGUGGCCGCGCCUGACGGCAGCCUACUCGCAGCGCCAAGCGCGAGCGGUAGCACGGCGGCAGCGGCGGUGCAGGGCGCGGCCACUAUCGGCUCCUUUGUUGACCUGUCAGAGCUGGAUGAGUUUGAGACCAUCCUCCACGACCUGCACCUCAUCCUGCCGGGGGAUCCCGAUUCCCCUUGA